GGGGCCGCCCGGGCGCCGCCUAUGGAGGGUGCGGAAUGCAAAGAGCGGCGCUCAGUCGUGAAACAGAAACCUCCUCGUUGUGCGCUCUAUGUGUGGUCGUGGUGGCGACGAGGCGAAGGAUCGUCUCUUGCCUUUGUGGACGACGACCAGCGGACUCACCAGCUGAACAGGUGGUCCGUGACGCAAAAUGCAGAGCACGGCCAACUACCUGUGGUGGACCAAUGACGUUCUGGGACAGGGAGCCACAGGCAGCGUGUACCGUGGCAGGAACAAGAAAACGGGUGACCUCUUUGCAAUAAAGACUUUCAACCAACUCAGUUACAUGAGGCCGCAGGAUGUUCAGGUGCGGGAGUUUGAUGUUCUGCGGAGACUCGACCAUAAGAACAUCGUGAAGCUCUUCGCAAUCGAGGAUGAGAACAACACCAAGCAGAAGGUGAUUAUAAUGGAGCUGUGCAGUGGAGGCAGCCUUUACACCAUCUUGGACGAGCCUGAGAAUGCGUACGGCCUGGCCGAGGGAGAGUUCCUCAUCGUGCUUCGUGACGUGGUGUCGGGCAUGAACCACCUGCGCGAGAAAGGCAUCAUCCACCGAGACCUCAAGCCGGGCAACAUCAUGCGUGUGGUGGGCGAGGAUGGACGCUCCGUCUACAAGCUCACCGACUUCGGGGCAGCCCGCCAGCUGGAGGAUGACGAGCAGUUCAUGUCGCUGUACGGCACGGAGGAGUACCUGCACCCGGACAUGUACGAGCGCGCCGUGCUACGCAAGCCCCACCACAAGAUGUACGGUGCUAGCGUGGAUCUGUGGAGCAUCGGGGUCACCUUCUACCACGUGGCUACAGGCGCCCUGCCCUUCCGGCCCUUUGAAGGCCCUCGCAAGAACAAGGAAGUGAUGUACCGCAUCACAGCGGAGAAGCCUCGUGGCGCCGUGAGCGGGGAGCAGAAGGAAGAGGGCGGCUCCAUCGUGUGGAACGAAGAACUGCCCAUCACCUGCCAGCUGUCCAGAGGCCUAAAGCUGCUUCUGACACCGCUGUUGGCAAACAUCAUGGAGGUGAACAAGCAGCACUGCUGGAACUUUGACCAGUUUUUCGCGGCCGCCAACGAGAUCCUGACGCGCCACGUGUUCCACAUCUUCUCCCUGUCGCAGCUCUCCCUUUUCAAGGUCUACGUCCAAAUCGAGCAGCAAUUCAAGUCCCUGCAGGAACUGAUAGAGAAGCAGACGGGCAUUGCGGCGGCACAGCAAGAGCUUCUGUUUGAGGGGCGCCGGCUGCACUAUGCAGGAAACACGCAGCUGUCACAGCUGCCCACCACCUCUGAAGACCUGCCCAUCAUGCUGCUGGGCCCCAACCCCAUGAAGAUCAUUGGCUUCAUGUACAUUAAGCCUGAGGUUCCGAAGUUUCAUUCUCAGUACAACUUAAUACAUGAUGCUUCUCUUGCAAAGUCUGUGACGGCCGAACUGCACCAGGUGCAGAGGAUCUCGAGCUCGCUGCUGUGCGUGCAGGUGCUCGCGCGGAAAGGAGCAAGGUGGAUCCUGAAUGUUUGGAGCGAUCAGAUGAAGGAACUCGACAACCUGAACGUGAUUCUGCUGCAGAAGAUGAAGGCUGUAUCGACCACGUCGAGAAUGCUCGAGCAGAUGAACGACACCCUGACGCAGAUGUCGUCUGGGCAUUGGGACUCAACUUUCCUCAACCACCAGGAAGAGAUAAAGAAGAUGCAGAUGGUGGUGGACAGCGUGCAGGACUGCCUGGAAGGGGUACAUCAGGCGCUGCUGCCCGGGAAGCCGUUGACGGAGCCUCCGGUGGAGAGGAUGGGGUCCACGCCCGCCGAGCGCCAGGUGGAGAGGAUCGGGGUACUGGUGGACAAAGUUCUGUCCACAUACUACCAGUUCAAAAAGGACAAGUUACAACAAAGGUUGCAGUAUAAUGAAGAGCAGAUUCAUAAAUUUGAAAAACAAAAGCUGGGCACUUAUGCAGUGGCAGCGAUGACCUUGCUGACGGACGACUGCCAACCCAAAUACCAGGCUGUCCAGCGGACCUACGACGAGUGGCUGAGAUCAAUGUUGGAUGUGCGGAAAUCGAUGGUGGUGUUGGCUGCGGAAUGCAACAAUCACUGCAAAAUGCUGGACUUGCUGCUGGAGAAACUGAACAAGUGGAUGCACGAGUCAUACCCCGGUGCAGUGGGUGAGAUUGUGGCACUCUGCAACAAGGUCCCAAGCCCUGUGCAGGCCAUACAGACGUUCAACUACUCCGACUCCCCCAACCUCGUGCAGCCACCCAUGCUGAAGAACAUCUGUGUUGGCAUGAAAAAGCUGAAGCUGAAUGUGAAAGAAAUGUCAGAGGAGCUGCACAAACAGACGGUGAUGAUUCAGAGGUUGGGAUCAUUCUCUGGAUCAGUUGAUUUUGAUGAUGAAGAACAUAUGUUCGACUAAUUGCUGUGAAUAAUAAAUCACAAUCAUUGGCAAGAGAAUGGAAUGCAUGACCAGCAAAUAGCCAUUUCUUAAAAUAUAACCUUUGUUCUUUCAAAACAAUGGAGUGAAACAGGUGUCUGGCAUUCCUGAGAUGGGGGUUUUUGGAAGGGAGCACAGGGGGGGGGGGGGGAGUCUAGAAUAAGGGUGAAAGGGUGGGGGGGGAAAGUGUCUACCUGCCAACCACAGUAGAACAGGGUUAGUAUCUGCCAUUGCUUUGUUGUUGGGCAUGAAGAGGUACAGGGAACAGAUGAGGGAGUGUAAUUUCAAUACGUGUAUUACAUGUGAAAAAAUACCACUCACAGCUGCAUGAUAACAUCAGGCACCCUCUGACAAAUAGCCAAUUUUGCUUUACUAGUGAAGCGUCUGAGUGCAGGUGGCAAUAAGUAUGAAAUUAACACGUGCAUGGAUCUACCAUUCUUUUAAAUAGGCUUGAGCUUUUGAUUAGCAUAUCAUUCCCAUUUGUAUGAAUAUUUGUUAAUAGCACCACAUUUUGACAAUUUGCAUCCGUUUUCAAAAAUAACAUUAAACAUGAAUUGUAUAUGGUACUUAAAAAAAAUUCUCAUCAAAAUGUAUUACGACCAGGUGUUUCCCGAUUUUUGGCCACGACAUGUUCACAUUGUUAAAUCAUAUAAAAAAACAAUGUAUUCAUAAACAAUAUAAUAUAAAUUUAUGUAUGUCUAGCCACAUUUUAUGUAUUCCCUGGCAUUUAAUUGAAAGAGCUUAGGUUUGUUACUCUGAUUUAGAAUGAACCUUUAGUUUUUUUGUAUUUGUGUACCACAUUUUCACAUUUUGAAAUUGUAUUGCAGUGUUUAUAAAAUGUUGUAUUGAGCAUAGGUCAAAAUAUGAAUGUCUGGUUCACGUCACAUAAAUACAACUCUAGAUGUGAUGCUAAUCAAGAGACUGGUAAAGUCUUAUAGGGUGCAAUUACACCUCUCUUUAAUGAUUUGUCCACUUGCUGACUGCAUAAAAAAUGUGUGGCAUAGACAUGGCAUGUAAAUUGCAUUCAGCAGCAUGUUUAAGAUCAUGUUUUCUUAAUCCCGUGGUCACGAGUAAAACGUUAGUGUCUGCUUAAAUGAGCAAUGGGUUAGCACUUGUGACCGGUGUCUUGUGAGGCAGUUGUGAAAAUUCCACAUUUCCAUAGCAAAGCAAUGUCUCUUAUCGACGAUUACUGAACUUCCCACACAUUGUUAAAUGUGUUUAAAACUGGGGGAGGGGGGGAUGGUGGGCUGAGUCAAUCCCCAAAGGGAGAUUUUAAUUAUCAAAGUUGCAGGUGUUUGAACAAUUUCAUCUGACAUUCAUUUUCAAGUUUGGGAUUCGGUAGAUCACACCUUACAUAUAAUGGCUUACUGUUGAACUGUUAUAGUACUUAGAGAAUAUUGAGUUAAUAUCACUAUAUGAGACCGUAUACAGCAAUAUCCAGGAUGCCAAAGUGCUUUUUAAAAUGACGUUUACUGUAAAUAUUUUGCUUGUAUUUUAAUGUAUAUACGUAUAUCUCAUGUAAAUAACCUGUUAAAUCCUGUUCUUUUCCACUUUGCCUCGGAGGAUUUAGUUUGUUUCAUGCAUGGAAUUAAAGAAAACCAUCACUUACAUCUUACUUGAUAAUGUAUCACGGCAGCACAUGUUUUGUGUAAAAUAUACCAGAUUUUUGUAUGUGCUAUUUGAAAAAGGAUUGGAACACUGGGUUAAAUACAAUACAAUUUAACCUUACGAGAACCUUCAAUUUAAAAACACGUUUAUUAUGUUAAACAUGUUUACUAUUUGCAAAAAUUGCAUUUCUACAUGCGUGAUCAUUAUUAUUUUGGUUAUUCGAAUGCUGAGAAUGACUUGUGAAAUCCAAUGAAUGUAUAAUGAGAAAUGUUAAAAUUAAUCAAACAUUUUGGAGUUUAAUUGCUUGAUGCAGAACAUCCAUUCAUUAUUUUGGACGUGUUUAAGUGUGAACAGUCAAGUUCAGAUCCAUCAUUGUAUCUUAAGAUGUACACCGUUACCAGUUUCCUGAAGUCCAAAUCAAAGCACAUGCACCCCAAAUAAAUUGUAAUAUUACUCUAUACACAUAUACUAUGUUUAGUCCGGAAGAAAAUGCUGAAAAAACAUCCACUUCAUUGAGUAUAUUAACAAAUAAAAAAGGUUUGCUUCUUAAA